AUGUCGUCCGCCAAAAAGGUUGAGAUUGCUCCUCUGAGCGAUCGCAACUUCCUAACUGUGAAGCGCAGCGCCCAUAUGCUCGCUCGAUGCAUGAAAUACGUGCCCGCUGGUGAUGGGUGCAUCUCAUACGCACCAGAUGCCCCUCCACCGAUAUUUAUCGCCAUUGACUUGGAGAUGAAGGAACAGACCACCAUCAUCACAGAGGUCGGCAUCUCGAGACUAGACCCCCUUAUCAUUGAACCUUCUGCCAACUACCCGGAGCUCUGGUCCGGCCAUAUGGAAACAUUCCACGUGCGUGUGCGCGAACACAUGGGAUACGUUCCAUAUUAUACUGGGAGAAAGGGUACAAAGACGACCGGAGCGAAGCACAAGAAAGCAAGGAAGAUACCUUUUGCUCAUGGAGGAAGCAGGCUUGUCUCCAUGCCUGAUCUCGGUCGAGAUGUUGUGCGCACCAUCAAGCAGGGUACGGACGGCCGGCGGUACAUCCUCGUCUUUCAUGGCGGCCGCAGUGAUGUUGUGGCGAUGGAAGCCAUGGGUCUGGAUUUGACAAAAGAGAUCAACGUGAUCGAUUGUAUCGAAACUCAAUUCCUCUCACUGGCCCGCUCGCGGGAACCGUUCAGCAUAUCCAAGGUAACUGGGCCGAAGUCGAAGCCAAAGUAUCAUCUCUCUGAGCCACGAUCACUGGGAAAGGAACUCGGAGUGUGGGUUGGUCAAGAUUACGACAUGUCAUUGCUUCACAACGCUGGAAACGACGCGGAAUACACGAUGAAGUUGUUCCUUGGUAUUUGUUUGUCGCCGCUGGUGGGUGGAAGGGAUGUGGAUGAUAACGCCGCCAUUUGGGAUGUGGGUGAGGGUGACGACUGGGACGGGUGGAUGCUUUCCAAGUUCAGGUCCACAGGGAGCGUCUCGCUACCUGGCCAGACAGAGACGGCAUAG